AUGCGUGGAAACCGAGGCGUCCUUGUCGGCUUUCUUGCUGCUUCUAUUAACCCGACAAUUGCAGCGUUAAGAGCUUCUUCUUCUAACAGCUUGCUGUCAACCCGAUCCAAUGGCUUUCCACCUGCACUGAGAAUAAGCGGGCCAGUCCUUACCUCCAAAUGGCUCGAAAAGAGUGACUACGUACAGGUCUUGGAGAUGACAGUCGAGAAUACAGGUACCAAUGCGCUCACAUUGGCCGACACGCUCGAAGUGACGGCCACCUCGGAUUCAUUCGAAGUUGUGGUACCUGCGACAUUGACAAGGCUCAUUUCAAAUCAAGCUGCUAUUGUGCAGGUCGGCAUUCGUAAUAAAGCAAACGUUGCCGCUGGAACUCAAUGCUCUGGAACCGUGACCGCCACGUACGGUGCAAAAUACGGGACACCCAUCACAGUCAAUAGCCCAGUCACAGGAAUGUGUGGUAUUGGAAACUAUACCCAGUCAGCCGACAGUAUCAAUCGUCACUGGAACCCUGAUUGGUUCAAUGAUGUCAAGUACGGCAUCUUCAUCCACUGGGGUAUAUACUCUGCGCCGGCUUACGGAGGACAGCCUCCCAACCAGGAUUAUGCGGAGUGGUACUGGUACCGUAUGCAGGAUCCCAAUUACAAGACACAGACUUACCAGCACCACCGCGAUACUUAUGGCGAGAACUUUGCUUAUGAUGACUUUAUCGCAAAUUUCACAGCCUCAGCUUUUGAUGCAAGAGAAUGGGUUGAUCUGAUUGCAGAUGCUGGCGCUCAAUACAUGGUACCAGUGACAAAGCACCACGAUGGUUUCGCUUUAUUCAACUUCCCUACUGAAAUCAGUAGGAGAUCAUCUGUCCAUUAUGGGCCAAAACGAGACUUUAUUGCUGAGCUCUUUGACGCCGCCAAGCAGCAUCAUCCUGAAAUGAGACGAGGAACGUACUUCAGUAUGCCCGAGUGGUUCAACCCUACCUACGCCCCUUACGCUAUUGAGUGGGGAGGUGGAUUCCCUGGUGGUCCACCCAAGAAUCCUUAUACCGGCCAAGAAAUUCCCUACACAGGUCAUGUUGAGAUUAACGACUAUGUGAAAGACCUGCAACUGCCACAAAUGCGCGUCCUUGCGUAUGAGUACGAGACAGAACUCCUAUGGUGCGAUAUCGGAGGCGCAAACAACAUGACAAUCUUCGCAGCGGAGUGGCUCAACUGGGCCCGCGAUCAGGGCCGACAAGUUACAUUCAACAACCGAUGUGGCCUACCUGGAGACUUUAAUACUCCCGAGUACUUCACCAACGGCGAUACUGUGCGUGCCAAAUGGGAGACCAGUCGUGGCAUGGACACCUUUUCCUACGGCUACAAUGCCCAGACGCCCGACUCUGCAUACAUGACCGGAAAGGAUAUCGUGGAAUCACUGAUUGAUGCCGUCAGUAAGAACGGGAACUUCCUCCUCGAUAUUGGCCCCAAAGCGGAUGGUUCCAUCCCAGCAAUCAUGCAGACCAAUCUUCGUGAUGCCGGUGAAUGGAUCAAAGCCCAUGGAGAAAGUAUCUUUGCAACCAAGUACUGGUCUGUGAAGCCUGGACUAGAUCCGUUCCGGUAUACCACCAAGUCCGAUGCUUUCUAUAUCCAUCACAAGGGGGCGCCGCCGUCGUCUCUUUCAAUCACAGACCCAGUGCCAUACUUGCCUGGUGAUACAGUGACUAUUGUUGGUGGAAGUAUGAAUGGAACCUCGAUUCCAGCAACCUGGAAUGGGACUGGAACAUUGAAGUUGGAAUUGAGCGAUGAUAUUAUCGCCUCUGACAAGUACAUCUGGACGUUCAAGAUUGCCUAUACUAGUACUUGUAUGUGCCUUCAGAACAUCAGGAAACAUAGUCAAAGCGCAGAGUUCCUCUUUACCUGCGACUUCACUGGAUACGCCAAAUCUGCGAAUUCAAUGACCUUCGUUCAUGCUAGACAUGUAAAGCAUGGAGAUGUCUUUUGGAACAAUGUGUUUCCUGAUGAAAAACUUAAUACGAAACUUGACGACUUUAGUGGCUAUAAAACUGACAAGGAAUCUGCUCUCGUUUGCUAUGAGACGAGCCACGAGUUCCCUGACCAUGACGUUGUUGCAGAAGAGAGCGAGAUCUUUGCUCUCGGAUCUACCUUCUACGAGUUCAUGACAGGAUCGAAGCAAUGCCAAACAUUAACCAAUCACGUGAUAUCUGAGGAUACAGCUGGGGAGACAUGUCAACUGUAG